AUGGCAUUGCUUUUGGAGAUUUUACCCACUGAGAUAUUAUUUGAUAUCUUUGACUAUUUAACAGUAUUUGACAUACUUCGUGCAUUUAUUAAUUUAAAUAAACGGAUAAAUGAUAUUGUCGGAUUGUAUCCGUUCGUAUUGGAUUUUCAAGAAAUUUCUCGAUCGAAGCUUGAUUUUAUUUGUCGACACAUUCAACCAAAACAAGUUUUGUCAAUUUAUCUCUCUGAUGAAUUUAUGCCAGAUCAAGUUAAAAUUUUUAAUUUGUAUUUUCCUGAUUUUCAUGAACAAUUCGUUGGUUUGAAAAAAAUGAAAUUUAUUAAUACAUCAACUGUUCUACCAAAUUUACCUGUCACUCUUACGUCUCUUUCAAUAAAAACGUAUCUGAAAACAAACAGUACGGAUAAGUUCAUUACGAAAAUACUCAGACAACAAGCUCAAUAUUUAACUUUUUUAAAAGUCGAUGGAUCUUAUGUAUUUCGAUCUAUAGAUACAGCGUUUCCAUCAUUAAAACAUUUAACUAUUGAUUAUUGUACAAUUACAGAAUUUCAUCGAAUUCUUCUUUGUUUUCGAUCUCCAUUAACAGAAUUAAAACUUUUCCUUGAUCGAGAAGAAAAUCUUUCAAGGAUUAAUUUUAAACAAUUAUCAAAUACUCUUAUAGAUUUAAGGAUAAGUUUUUCCGAAGACAUUAUUAUGUCAUUUGCAUUAGUUAAAGACUUUAUUGAAGAUUUAGCAAAAUUAAAAUAUUUUACAAUCCAAGCAACAGGUACGUUAGAUUUAAUGGAUGGUGAAUUGUGGGAAGAAUAUUUAUUUCAAAAAGAUAUUAAAAAAUUUAAUUUUAAAUUUACAUUGUCAAAUGGUUUCCUUAUUGAUUACGAUGAAGACCUGUUACUUGAGUCAUUUCGCUCUUCGUUUUGGCUUAAACAACAACAAUGGUAUGUUGCAUGUGAAAAACGAACGUUAAAAUCUAGUUGUCCUACAAUUUAUUCCAUACCAUAUUUUCAACCAAAACUAAUAUUUUAUCCAUCAAAUAAUUUUCAACCUGUCACAACAGCCGAUAGAGAAGUUGUUUCGAAACAUGCGAAUAAUCUUAUAUUAACAUUUCAUAAAACGAUACCAUUACCAAGUUCGUCUUUUUGUCAUGUUUAUUCAUUGACAUUAUUAACAAUAACUUUACCGUCCAUUGAAAUUCUUCAAUCGAUUGUUGAUCUUAAACAAAUACGAGAAAUUGAUGUAUCAUUAGUAAAAAACUUAUCUAUUGAUGAAUUUGAAAUUUUUAUUGAAUGCAUGACUAAUUUAAAAACUAUUAAAAUGGAAUACAAUCCAUUAUUUGUUCCACCGAUACGUAUUAAUUCUUAUACAUUUAUUCGAAGAGAUGAAGAACUGUUUAUUAUUGAUGAGAAUAAUAUAAAAAGAUUUUGUUAUUUAUUUUUUCAUGUUAGAAAUCUUGAAAUAACUGUUCAAUCAAAAGAUAUUAUUAUUCAAUUGCUCACUCGACUCUAUUAUUUAGAACGAAUUAAAAUUUUUUGCUAUCAAAAUUCUUUAUUGAAUAUUACAUAUAACUGGUUUAAACAAAAUAUACCUAGAUUUACUACAGUCACUUUUACCUACAGAGUAACAACGACUUGUCUUUUUCUAUCAAUUGGAAAUGAAAAACCAGUUGAUGACGAAACACCAGUAAAAAAUACUACAUGCAAGAUUUUAACAUGUGGUCUACACAAACAUCGUUCUGGAUGUCAAAUUCAAUGA